CAUCCAACUUUCGCCACCAUCCCAGCAACUGACCCUGGUCCAGGAGAUGGACGAAGCAAAGGAGAAGCUGUCUGAGUUUGAGCAAGCAUCGCAGGCGCUGCUGGCCGAGCUCUCGGCGCUGGAGACAGAGUUCGAGAUCGAGAAAACGUGUCGCCAGCAAGCCGAAGCGUACGCAGCCCAGGUGAAACGGGAGAACACGAAACUCAAGCGGCUCAGCCUGGCCCUGCUGCCCACCGUGGGCCAGCUCCCCGAGGAGGUGGCCAACGCGGCCAACGAGGAGGAGCCCGGCCCCGACCCUGCCCAGCACUGCGGGCAGCAGCUCCGAGGGAGGAAGCCCAGCGGGACGCCGCUCUGCGAGGCGCCUGGCGAAGGGUGUCCGGGCUGCUCGACGCUGGAGCUGACACUGCGCUACGGGCCAGGAAGGGGAUACCUGAAGGACGUCAUGUGGAAACGAGACAAGAAAAACGCUGCUUGUGAGAGGGACGAGCUCGACAUCACGAAGGAUGGAUGUCAGCUUGUUGAACAGAUCCUCUUAACUGAAAAAGGAGGUAACAGCCCCAGGGACCGCAGCAUGGGGGACGGCUCGGUGGCCUCCGUCGUCUUCGGUUCCCAGUUCAAAACCCCAGAAACGAGUGGGGAGCCGGGCCAGCGCCCAGUCCAUUAG